GACAUGGCUGACUGAACAAGGAGAAGAGCAAUUUCUUUCUAAAUAAUGAGUGCGCGGUUUGUCGUCUCGAAAACAGACUCUGGAGUACCAGAAGCGAUUCAGGAGUCUGCGGAGGAUACGAAAAAUGUGGAGAUCAUUGUCGAGGGCGAUAAAGAAUUGGAUGGCAACACCAACAUAAGAAACAAUAUAUUUGCUGACGUCGUCAACGAAGAUGAAAGCCAUCUCCCACUAUAUAAUCGUCAAGAGGCUGAGACAGCUGCUGGGACAUUGCCUUUAUAUGAGGCUGACAUGCUUAAACGCCCCAAGAUCUCAAUUCUCUUGUCACAACUGGCCAGUUAUGAAGCCGUGCAGGCCGCACCAAUGCAAGUUGACCAAGAAGGCAAAACAGCUCUGAAACGAAAAGAAGGAGCAAAAAUGGGCACGCUCAUGGGCGUGUACUUCCCAACAAUUCAAAAUAUUUUUGGUGUUAUUCUGUUCAUCCGUCUCUCCUGGAUUGUGGGAAUAGCUGGUGCACCAGAAGCAUUUCUUAUUGUUUUAACUUGUUGCUGUUGUACUUUGCUGACUUCAAUUUCAAUGAGUGCAAUUGCCACCAAUGGUGUUGUCCCAGCUGGUGGUUCAUAUUUCAUGAUAUCUCGAGCAUUGGGUCCUGAGUUUGGUGGUGCUGUUGGUAUACUGUUUUACUUAGGAACAACGUUUGCAUCCUCGAUGUACACGCUUGGUGCAAUAGAAAUACUGCUGACCUACAUCGCUCCGGGCAUGUCGUUGUUUGGUGACGUUCGUUCGAGCGGAGGAGCGACAUCGUCGGUGAUGUUGAACAACAUGAGGGUGUAUGGAACCAUUUUACUGUUUCUGCUGGCUGUUGUCGUGUUUAUCGGUGUUAAAGUUGUCAACAAAUGCGCCUCGCUGUUCCUCGCGUGCGUUUUGCUCUCCAUCUUUGCAACCUACAUCGGGUUCUUCACGGUCCACACCCGUUCGGAUACAAGGAUAUGUAUGCUUGGUGAUCGUCUUCUUGCGAGCAAAGCAUUCAGUCAAUGCUCCAAGAACGACACAGACAUUAAGAAGUUGUUCCAGGAUUCUUCAUUCUGGAAUGCGAGCCGUAUCAAGGAUAUUGAUGGCGCUCCGGGUCUUUCGAGCGGAGUCUUCGAUGACAACGUGGAUAGUCAAUAUUUAGACAAGAGUGAGGUUCACGUUGGACAGAAAGCUGACAACGAUGAAGAAGUUCAAUCCGACAGCAAAACAUCCUUUUUCAUCCUCCUUGCGAUCUUUUUUCCUUCCGUCACAGGUAUCAUGGCAGGCUCUAACAGAUCAGGUGAUCUAAAAGAUGCACAGCGAUCCAUACCAAAAGGAACGAUUGCCGCCAUUUUGACAACAUCGACAGUUUAUCUCACGUCAGUACUUUUCUUUGCCGGCACGAUAAAGGGGGCGCUUUUACGAGACAAGUUUGGUCAAAGCAUCGGCAGUGUACUGCUUGUAGCGGAGAUAGCGUGGCCAAGCAAAUGGGUCAUACUCAUUGGCGCAUUACUUUCUACCAUCGGGGCUGGGAUGCAAAGUUUAACUGGUGCUCCAAGAUUGCUUCAAGCCAUAUCACGGGACAAUCUCAUACCGUUUCUCAACCUGUUUUCCUAUGCGUCCAAGAAUGGCGAGCCAACUCGUGCUCUGUUUCUAACCGUUGCUAUAGCUGAGAUUGGAAUUCUUGUUGCAAACCUUGACGCUGUGGCUCCUAUUAUCACAAUGUUUUUCUUGAUGUGCUAUGGUUUUGUGAACCUCGCUUGUGUUCUGCAGUCUUUACUACAAACACCAAACUGGAGACCUCGUUUUAAAUUCUACCAUUGGUUUGCUUCGCUGAUUGGUCUCUGCUUGUGCCUCACUCUCAUGUUUGUCUCCAGUUGGUAUUAUGCCUUGGUUGCUCUCAUCGUGGCUGCUGGCAUAUACAAGUACAUCGAAUUUCAGGGUGCAAAGAAAGAAUGGGGUGAUGGUAUUCGUGGUCUGGCUUUAAGUGCAGCCCGAUACGGUUUGCUAAGAUUGGAGGAGGGUGCCGUUCAUACCAAAAACUGGAGACCUCAGCUUCUUGUCCUUUGCAAAUUGAACGAUGAUUUGAAACCGAAAACUGACAACAUCUUUGCCUUUGUGGGGCAAUUAAAAGCAGGUCGUGGACUGACUAUCUCUGCAUCCGUUCUCAAAGGCGACAUACUUGAGAGAAGCGAGGAAGUCGAAGUUGCCAAAGCUUGUUUGGAUGAGCUAAUGAAAAACAACAAAGUCCAAGGCUUCUCAAAAGUUAUCGUCUCUAAUGAAAUAAACAGUGGUCUGUCGUUCUUAAUCCAAAACAACGGCUUGGGUGGUCUGACUGCAAAUUCCGUUCUCAUGGCAUGGCCUGAAAACUGGAAAGAAAAAGACACUUGGAAGAAAUUUGUCUAUACGUUACGCGUCAUAUCAAAGCGUCACGAGGCUCUUUUGGUGGCGAAGAAUCUCGUUAGUUACCCAGGCAACGGGGAGCGCCUCGAAGGUACCAUUGAUAUAUGGUGGGUGGUGCAUGAUGGAGGAAUGAUGAUCUUGUUGGUGUUUUUAUUAACACAACAUAAAGUGUGGAGACAGUGUAAACUGAGGAUCUUCACCGUCGCUCAAAUGCAAGACAACAGCGUUCAAAUGGCAAAAGAUCUGAAAACAUUUAUUUAUCAACUCAGGAUUAAAGCUGAUGUGGAGGUUAUCGAGAUGGUGGACACAGAUAUAGAGGCGUACACAUAUGAAAGAACGCUGGUGAUGGAACAAAGAAGUAAAAUGUUGAAAAAAAUGAGACUGACGAGGAAGGAGAGUAGAAAAGAGGUUCAAGCCAUCGUUGAGACACACCAUAAAACAAAACCCAGCAACACACCUCGUCCACCAGACACACCCGUCCCCAGCAUCCAAGUACACACCUCCUCCUCAACCGACACUAGUGAGAAAGAUGGGGAAAAACGCAAAAAAGAACACCCGAGCAAGAUGAAUUUACAACGGAUGGACAAUGCGGUCAAGUUGAACAAGCUUAUCCAAGAAAAGUCAUCUGAAGCUCAAUUACUUCUGCUGAAUUUACCACCUCCAGCAAAAAACGAGUCUGGCGAUUAUCAUUACAUGGAAUUUGUCGAGGUUAUGACAGAAGGAUUAAAACGAGUUCUUUUAGUGAAAGGAAGCGGCCACGAAGUCAUCACAAUCUAUUCAUGAUUUGCAAACUCAUGAACACUAUAGAUCAUAUGAAAUAAACCAACCGUCGUCAUAGUGCCAUAUACAUACGUGAAUCAGAACAAACAAAAGAUGCAUAAUUUAUAGAUUCGUUUUUCAAUUGUUGUAUACAUUGUUCGUUCAACGAAACGUCAUAAAGAAAGGUUUUAUUUUAGUUACAAAAAUAUAGUUUAAAAAUCUGCAC